CGAGUAUCGAGUUCGCGCUUGAAACAAUGCGAUCUCUUCAUCGGUAUGCUAGUUUCCAUUUGGUUAUUCAACAUUACGGGUGCAAACGGACAAAGUCGUAUUGUCAGUUUAGUCGACGGAUUUUUAUUAACGGGCACUCACCACAACAUUUUUGAGCACAGAGAAAACAUACCACAAAACGGGAUUUUUUAAAAAAUAUAUAUAUUUAUAAUUUAAUUUCGACGCCAUAUUUGCAAUCGGUUGCAAUCCUUUUUUUUUGUAUAUUAUCUAGUAUUUGGAAUAUUUAAAAUUGGUAGAACAUUCAAUAAAAAAAUCUCAAUUGCGACAUAAUUGCAAUUGUUGAUGGACAAGUGUGAAAAAUCAUUCAAACUGACGAAAGCAAAAAAGAACGUAUCCCAAAUGGGUGGACUCAUGAAAUGGCUGAAAAAUAAAGACGGUACAAUGCGUUUGCGUCGUCGAGAAAGUGCGCCGCACCAAUUCUUCACCAAACGACAGUCGGCAAAACCGACAAGCGAUGAAGCCUAUCGUGAAAGUAUAAUUCGAUUUACAAAAUUCCGUGAACAUGAGCGCAUCCAAAGACUGUCGAUGGGUGCAAAUGAAAUGGCCGCAUACCAUUCGAUAUCGGGUGAUAUGCCAAAUUUUUCUGCCAUAAGUACAACGCCAACCGAUCAAAACCGGAAUGGAUCCUAUCAACCAAGUACAUGUCCAGCAAAAUCGUAUCGGAAAAAAGUGAUUCCGGAAGAUCAUAACGAUACAAUGCCAACACACAAUGGACAUCGAACAAAAAAGUUUUGUGUUAAAUUUCACAUGGCUGACAGCACCGAUGAAAGUGAUUUUAAUUUUGAAAAUCGUCGUAAUACACGACACUCAAUGCCCGCAACCACAUCAAAUGCAUACGGACGUGCAAUACAACGAACACAAAACGCAAUUGAUACAUCGGCAAUCCUAGAAGAAGCAAUCGAUGACUUUGAAGAUGCCCAUUGCACAUACAGGGGCAGUGUGAAUGACGAAGAAAGUCAAUCAAACUAUCGAAGUCCACCGACAAAAUUCUAUAAACAAAAUUCAAAUCCAUAUCCAAGCGAAAUGUCAUCGUUGAGUACACUUUGCGAUGCAACACAAGUUCCGGAAAAACCAAAACGUCUACUGUUAAACAGUAAAAAAUCACGAAAACUACUAACCGAAGCUCAUUUUACGCACGCAUACAAUGAAUUCAACAAUUUUGAAAUACAAUCACCAUAUUACACGGACUGUUCAUCGAUGAUAAGUAUUGCAGAGAAAAAAAAUAAUUUUCCAUCAAUUGACUCCGAUAAUUAUGUGACCGCUGGACAUCCAUCGACACGAUACGAUUCAUUUGUGAAUAAACACGGCGAUACGAUUGAAUAUGCAACACCAUGCGCCGAAAUACCGCAAUAUCAAAAACGACAAGAUCUACCGAAUUGUCUUACAUCGGACGAUUCAAUAUUGGCAGGUGAAGUGUUUCAAGAGGAUCCAAACGAAUGUGUUCGAAUGUUUGAGGAGAAUUUUGAAAGGACGUCGAACGCAUCGAUUUCAAUGCACGAACAAUCACAUGAAACUCGUCAAAGGAAGGGACAUGUUAAAAUCACCGACUUGGAUAAGUCUACCGACAGCGCGAAUACCAUGGAUGACACCGAUAUUAUAUCCAGAACGGAACACAUCGAUCAUUUGAAUGCUUCACAGAUGAUACCACCGAAUCGAGUACAAACAUUCCAUGAAACAUUGCAAUUUGCCGACAUAAUUUGUUUGAUUAGCGAAUUCGAUUCGAUGGGACGCAUGGAAAGCAAAACAGAAAUGCCAUUACAUUUUGAAUUGGGAAUGUUUCGAAAUACUCUUGUUACUGCUCGCAAAUAUCCCGAUGAUGAUGACGAAAACGAGGAUAAAAUUUUGGUCGCAGAAACAGCAAUCAUUCGUGAUGCUGAAGUGUUGAGGAAGAUACGUCAUCCAAAUAUCAUCAAUUUAAUGGCGUUGGCUUUUGACUCGUAUAAAAAAAUGGCAUUGAUUAUGGAACCAGCCAAAUACACCUUGAACUAUCAACUGUUUGUUGAUAAGAAUGGACAGUUGGAAUUGGUUGAAGUGGUGACCAUAGUGAAACGAGUAGCUCGAGCCGUAGCAUAUUUACAAGAGUGUGGAAUAUGCCAUUCGAAUAUUUCGUCAUUGGCGAUAUUAAUUGGUGAUAAGGUAACGGAUGUUAAACUGUCAUCGUUUGAAUUGGCCGUUCCAUACAGUUCGGAUAUUCAAGAUGAAGUUAAAUUAAUGUCGAUGCAACAGCCAAAUCGAGUGUCAUCGAUUCAUUCAAAGCGUUCACCAAGUUCCAAGCUGGAAGUCGAACGCUAUCAACAGUCGACGAAUAUAGAAUCCACCGAGUCAUUUGUCGAAAUAAGUGCAAAGUAUCUGCCAUAUUUUACUGAUUACCGUCGUAAAUUAACUGUGUUUAAUUAUCAAGCACCCGAAUUGCUGUCACUGCGCCAACGUUUUGUUUUUCCAACAAAACAAUCGGAUACAUAUGCAUUGACACUGUUAUUGUGGGAAAUGCUAAAUGAAAGCAUACCAUUUGGAACUUACGAUGAAGCAACGUUAGUCGAUCUAUUGGAAAAAUCAUAUCCGUUAAAGUAUUUGCAAAUCGUCGAAGAGGAGCGAUGUCAACGUUUUCAUGACAUUCUUGAGCAAGGUUUGAAACGAAAGCCCGAAACUCGCAUCGAUUUGGAGAAAAUGAUUCGAAAAUUAGAGGCCAUUGAAACGGAAAUCUAUCGUGAAAACGAGAAGAACCAAAGUCUGAUCAAAUGUUGUUGUUUGAAGCCUACAAAAAGUGUUAAAAAUUCACGUCAACGAUCAAUGCAGCAAAAGACAAUAAAAUACGAUGAAACGCCAAAUAAAUCGAAUGGCAAACCAUUUUCGGCAAUCAAUGCCCUGACAUCACCAGUUUAUGCAUUGUCCACAAAAUCCGUUGAAAAUAAUCUAUCACCAUUGAAUUAUUCCCAUUUUAAUGUUGACAAAAAUUUAAUGAAUGAGAAAAAUAGCAGCACAUUAAAGAAACGAAAAAAGGUCUCACCAACGAAGAACACCACUAAACGAAAUGUUCGCGAAUUAUUUGGCGAUAAAAUGGUAACAACAAGUGCCAACGAUGAUUUAGACGCAGUCGCUUUAACACCACAAAAUUCAGAGCCAUUGUCAUCGGGUAGACCAUCAAAUGAAUUCAAUCAAGCUAUUUUACAAUCAGCCAUUGCAAAAGAUUUGGAACUGUCACAUUUGGAGGAAAGCAGUUUGCAAGAAAAAUCGGUUACACCAUCCAAAAAUAAAAUUCAACAACCAUUUGGUCCGAAAGAGGUAAGCAAUCACAAUGACAUUGAAUCGAAACCGUUAAACACAAGCAAUGGCUCAUUCCAAUUCAAUAUUGAGAGCUACGAGCUACCCAAAUGUGCACGCAACAAUCAAAUUCGACGGUGUACUUGGCUAUCAUCAGAUCAAGUGAACAAUCCAUCGGUGGAUUACGAACCACUGGCAAUGGCAUCAAUAUCAAAUUUCCGCACACAAGCCGAUGACACCGUUAUGCCGACGCUCAAUGAAAGUAACGAUAGCAAUCGCAAAAUGAAUGUUAGCAUUAAAAUUGUGCACACACAAUUGACACCAAAUCAAAGUAUGGCCCAUAAUGAUUCAUUAAAAUCCAUUUGUUCGGCGGCGAGUGGAAUGAGUGCAUCAAGUAGCGAGGAUAGUUUUUCCGUUAAAUCACGCAUCAAAUUUUUCCGUUCGCUUGAAAGUCAACCGGUUCAGCGGCGAACGCCAAACAAAAACAAACUAAGCAUUAGCCGACGUUCUGAAAUGUCAUUCAAUGAGGCGCGAAAAGCGAUCGAAAGGGCACAACGCCAUACAUAUCCGUCAUCAAAUCAACCGAUUAGAGAUGUGGAUCAAAAUCAACUUCUCAAAGAGAUCACCGACAUUAAGGCCGAUAUCAAUAAUUGUCUACUGCAAAACAGAUGCUUGGCCGAGAAAAGUAGCGUUCAGUCCAAUAAUGUACAUGAAAAUAGUCAACUAUUAGAUAGUCUAUUGCAAGCAGAUCUUGAAGAGGCCGAUGAGUCGGUUGUACAAAUGCUCGAUGAUCUGUUGAGCAAAGGGAAUGAGUCGCAAACAGAAGAGACUGAAAAGCGAAAUUCAGUUCGUGAAACUGUUCAAAAGCUUGAGUCUUCAUUGCGUAAUGAAAUGAAUGCAAAUAAUACGUGUCAAACCAUUAAGAAUAAGUUGUUAAACGACAAAAUUUUCAAUCCAGACACGAAAAAGAUUGGCGAAUAUAUUCGAAAGAAGAAUAAAUUAGAUGAGGUGACUAAUGAAAAAAUCGAAGAUGUUAUCCGUUUUGUAGUGCCAUCAGAGGUGGAAAAUGAAGCUGGUGCACAGCUGCCCGUCGCAGGAACAAGUACUGAACUUCCUGUCAUUGAAUUCAAGGAACCAAGCACAGAUGCUGAAAAUCAACAAUCACAAACAUUAAUAAAGCGAACAUUCUAUCAAGAAAGUAUCGUAUCUGGUACGAAUGUUGAAGUGCCUGAAUUGCAGUCAUUGCUCGUCAAUUCACCAAAUAUGUCUGCAACAUAUGCAUCGACCAAAAGUCGAUCAUCGUUUACAACACGGGUAACGCUGAAUAUGCGUAAGUGCCGACGCCGAUCCUCGGACGUGGGUUUAAUUGCUCCAAAGCAAUCCGGCUACGAUUUCAAUACGGAUGCCAUUAAUUCACCACAUUUGGCUGAAGUAAGACAUUCGAUUUGUGGCAACCCAUUACCCGUUCUCGGCCGAGCCAAUUCGGCAAUCGAAGCAUCGUCCGGCCGUAUGAUCGAUCAAAUUGCGAGCGAAAAGUAUGCAAAUCACGCUUCAACAUUAAUGCUACCAAAUGAUCAGCUACAAUCAUCACUUUGUUCAAGUGUCUUAACUGGCAUUUUUAAUGGAAAACAAAUCCAGUCAAUUGAAGAUCUUUACAUAGACGAUGAUUUUGGUGGGAUCAGUCUGGCUGCCAACAUGAAGUUGAUGACCAAUUCGGUCGAUUCAUUGGAUAACAUAAAUUUUGAUAUUACGGCGACUCACAUAUUUGAACAGAACUCUGAAUCGAUGUUGACUACAAAUCUAAAUGCCAUCGAAGAUGCACGUGAACACGAUAGAGACGAAGCAACCGCUGAACAAUCAUAAUAGAUACAUUUUGAACAUUUUACUGAAUGAUAGAAAAUCCAAUUAUAUGAAUAAAUUUUUGUGCAAAAUUUGCAAUUUACUAUUCAAUAUGUAAAUUUAUCAAG